AUGUCUGAGGUACGUAGGUCUUCCAGGUUGAGAUCGAGGUCAUCCAAUGUUACAAGUCGUAAUUCCUCACCAAGUUCAGAUGAACGUGGUCGUAGUGUUAGUGUGAUCCAGACAGAUGAUAAUACAGCUAUGACAGAUAUAUCUGAUGAAGAGUCUAGUUCUGAUGAAGAGAACAAUGAGGUAGAUGAGGAUUAUGAAGAGCCUUCCAGAGCUAGGAGGUCCAAGAAGAGAAAGCCAAAGGCGAAGAAAGCAGUAGGUACUAAAAGGUCCAAAUCUGGGAGAAGUUUAAAGGCAACUUCAAAUGAUAUUGAGAGGCCUAAACCAGUCAAUCUUGGUGGUUCUAAGAAGGAGCAAGAACAUUAUUUAGAAGUUGUUAAAGAUUUCGAGGCAACUGAAUUAUUUUCAAUUUUAGCUACUGCAGAGGAUAUUUCUGUAGAUGAAUUGAUAAGAGAAUGGUUAGAAACUUAUAAAGAGAAUAGAGAUCAUUUUUUGCAGGAAUUUAUCAAUCUAUUGUUAUGUUGCUGUGGUGCAGUCGCUCGUGUUGAAGAGCAUGAUGUUCAUAGCAAUGAAUCAUCCAAUGAAACAAUUACAGAAGUACAAAUCUUAUUCCAAAAACAAAAAAUGCAUGAAUUUCAUUUAUUGAUUAGCAAAAAUAAUAAAAGAAAGGCCAAAUAUAAGAAUCUUUAUGAUAAUUUCAUUGAGUUCAUGUCAAAGAUUAUGGAAAUAGCAAAUGACAUGCAAUUAUUGUACUCUGAGUCAGAAGAUGACAAUGAAAUAACUUCAAAUCCAUUUGUGAUUGAUCUGCUAACAUGGCUUUCCUCUCUCUCUGUUUGUAAGAUCAGAUGUCUAAGAUAUGUGUCUACUUUGAGUUUAUAUUUAUUCCAAGAUUCUUUGACAGAAUAUGUGGUGGAGAUCGAAAGUAAAUAUCUGUCGAAGCUGACAAAACAAUUGACUCAAGAACAAAAGAAAAAAAGACCAAGUACUAAGACUAUGGAAAAAUUAGAGGCUAGUAUUGAGGAACUUCAAAGUAACAAAGCUGUCACUGAAGGCAUUAUUGACAACAUCGUAAAAUUAUCAUUUGUUCAUAGAUUCAAGGAUAUUGAUGAAUCUAUUAGAUCAGAAUCUAUUUUGCAUUUAUCUACUUGGAUUAAACAUUAUCCUGAAUAUUUCUUAAAAGUUACUUUUUUAAAGUAUUUUGGUUGGCUACUAAGUGACAGUUCUGUUGAUGUCAGACUGCAGGUAUUGAAAACUUUGCCUCAACUGAUAUCUAAACAUAAUAAAAAAUCAGUAGAUAAUUCGGCAGUGAGACAGUUUUUUGAAAGAUUCAAAGAAAGAAUAUUUGAUAUGGCCUUAAAGGAUAUUGAUUUAGAAGUCAGAUUAAACGCUGUUAACGUUUUAAUAGAAGUAGCACCUCUGGGUUAUUUGGAAGACGCCGAAAUAUUAGCACUUUCAAGUCUUAUUUUUGUCAAUAGAAAAGUUAAAGUAUCAUCUCACAGUAAAAACUCGAGAUUUUUGGCAACUGUAGCAAAGUUCUUUGCAAGAGUGACGAUUGAAAAAUGUGAAGAAUUUAGUUCAAGUUAUGAUGUACCCGAAUCUAUAUUUGGUCUUGAUUCUAACUCACUUAUUAAGAUUGCCAUUCUGGUUGGUCUAUUAAGUAAAUCUUUAAUCUAUCACCUACAAAAUUCUGAAGCUUUAGACUCCACUGAGAAGCUAGAAAUAUUAUUCCAAGCUGCUGAAUUUUUACAUCCGUAUUAUGGUUCAUUAAUAGAGGAUAUCUGUAAAUUGCUGACAUACGAUAGUGAAUUAUCAUAUUCUUUUUUACAAUUGGAAAAUUCAGAUGAAGAGAAUUCAGUCAGGGAAACAUUACUGUUGCCAGAUAAAUCAGAAAAUAUUACUAUAUAUACUGCUAUCCUAAGUGGUCUUUGUCAUGGUGGAUCAAUUCAAGGAACCCAACAAAAAUUUAGAAUUGCAGAAUCGGUAUUACCUUACAUUGAAAAUCUCUUAACAUAUUUGCCAGUGCACCAAAUUAAUAUUCUAGAGCCAAUAUUAUCGAUUUUCAACAUUUUUACUUUUGAAGAUUGGAUUCAUGCAGGAUAUGAAAAGAAAUUAUCCACCAUUGUGGAUAAGAUUCUAAGGAUAUUUUCAGAAUGCAUGUUAGAUGGUGAUUCAAGAGACUUAAGAUAUAAGUCAUUUUCUGCAACGUUAGAAACUAUUAAAAAAAUGAAUCUAAAUGAGCUAAAUGAAAUUUGUAUAAACCAGAUAUCAUACUUGAAACUACAGUUUCAAAAGUUCUUAAUCGAAAGAAUGGAUCCAAAUGAAUAUGAAAUAGAUUUUAAUGAGACCAUUGCGACGUUGUACGGUAGGUAUUUGAACAAAAUGGUUCUUCUUGGGAAGGAUUAUGAAUUGGAAGUUGAUAAGCAACUUUUACAGUCAUUCAUGGAAAAUUUUCUAUCGAGGGUUCCAAAAUUUUUUGAAUCGUGUUCUUUUGAUACGAUAAAAUUGAUGAAUUUUAGAUUUUUAACCUUAAUUGUUACAUGGCAACUUCAUAAAUGGACAGAAAUUAUUCAAAAUUCCAUUGAUACUGACGCGACUGUCGAAGUUUCAGUUGAUGUCAUUCAAAUGAUAGCGUCAAUAGUUGAGCGUUUGAAUACAACUCUAAUUACAACUGAUAAUGAUGAAUAUAUAAAUUCAGAAAAAUUGGCAGAGUGUAUGCUGUUGAAAUUAAACAUAAGCACUUCAUUAAUGGAUAUAGUUUCAGCUUUAAAAAUAUUUGACAUAAGUUUACCUGAAAAUGAAAGCUCAUGGAAGGAAAGUAUUAAGGAAAAUUUCCCAUAUUAUUUACAUGAUAAAGUGUCAGACAUUCUAUAUCAAAUUUUCCUAUAUUUAGAGGCCAUUUUCUCUAAAGAGAUUGGCGAGAAUAUAGAGAGACUAGCUGGUGAAAAUGUUAACUUUAAUGACAUUGAAAAUAACGGCGUAUUUAACAAUGUAGAGGCCGAAUUACUGUUAUUUACUAUCAAAUUAAAAGGGCUAAUAAAACUAAAGAUACUUAAAGGGGAUAUCAAUGAAAGAGUUAAACUGAAUAAAGAUAUUUUUGGACCAUUAUUUAUAAGUAUUGUUGAUGAAACAAUUUUUGAAAAUAAUUCCAAAAAACAACCACAUAAGCUACAAAAAAAUAUUCAUCAACCGGAACAUAGAGCUGUUUUAUUAUCAUCUGCUGGAGAUAUCGAAUCGGACCCAAUCGAAGGUUCUCCAGAAAGAACAAGUCAUCAUGUAGAGGAUAUUGAAAUGAUAGAUAAUGAUCCAAUCGAGGAUUCAGAUUCUUAA